UCUCUCACACACACACACACACACACACACAGAUAACUAUAAUUUGGUAAUCUCCCAUCAAUGUGAUUUCUCUGAAUUUGUUCACUGCUUGCUUGCUGGUGUAAAUGGUUUUACAACCGAGUCAUUAAAUAGCGUUUAGGCAUUGUUCAAUCAGGAGGGUAAAGAUCACUUUUACUGGUGAAAAUAAACCUUCUACUAAAGUACAGUACUAAAAAAUGUAUACAAAAUUUGCAGUCAUUGGCCCAUUACUUAUAUUGCUGCUUCAAAAUAUGAGGCUGUUUGCACUGGGAAGGUUAAGGCUUGUUUCUGUGUGAGAGAGAUUCUGGACUGCUGUGUGGUCACACCCUUAAUACUGUUGUGGACAACACAAGGUCAUACUCUGACAUUCAGAGAUACUGAAACUAACACCACUAGUGCGGUGAAGUGCAAUAAUCAGUUAGGCUAAAUCUUUCUAGCUCUCUCUUCAAAUAGAGCCAACGUGUAGGAUAUGUCAUAGACAAAGGAAUCAUUUAAACUUAAAUUUCUUAUUUAAAACUGGGAGUGAGGGUAUGUAUUUAGAUACAAUGUGUGUCUAGAACUUGAAAGUAGCAUGCAGUACCGAGAGCACAAAACAUUUUUGCAGCUUUAUGGCAGGUUUUGCAGUAUAAGGUUGUUUAAGCUUGUGAUUUGCUUAGGGUCAACAACAAUGCUGUGCAUUUCUUUUUUAUAACCCCAGACCACAAUUUGUAGCUGCAUUGAAGCUCCAAAUCCCACAUAACCAUUUUAAAAGAGGUGAUGAGAGUGUAGGUACAGGAUUGGACCAGUGUUACAUUACUGGUGCAUUUGUCUUUUGUUCACUCACGCACACAAAUAUAAAUCUAGAAUAGAAUUUAAUUUGCCGCCUUGUUUCCCUCAUUCAUUACAUAUUUUAGCAAAACCAUACAGAAAUGUUCAGAAACAGAAAAUGACAGCCUUGUAUUGUAACAUGGAAAACUUUGCCUUUUUCUAUUACAAAUAGCAUUCUUAACAUUUGAGUUCUGGUCAGCAGUUCAACGUAUGAAUUCAGUAAUUAAAUGGAUUAGUAGUUUGUAGAUAUAAGUGCACUUUCGGGGGCUACCGGCUACAUUUUGCAUGGCAGUGCUUCUACUCCCUCUCGUGGGCAUUCUAUUGUACGACUUGGGGGAGAUAUGCGCAAAUCUGGCGUCAGUGACGUCAGUAGUUAUAAUCUGUCCUCGAGCACAAGGUCACAGUCUCGCCCAAUUUGGGACGUACAUAUACAUAUUUCAGUAAAAUAACCAACUAGCGAACCAGUUAUGCCGAUAAAAAUGAAAAUGAAUGAAUAAGUAAAUAAAUGAAUAAACACAUAAAUCGAUAGAUAUGUAAAUAAAAUACUCAUAACCAUCAUAACAAUACAUUAAUAAUGUACGAAAACACAUAAAAGUACAUCAUAAUAGCGUUAGUCUUGUAAUUGUAAAUUUCUUAAAUAUGAAUAGCGCACACUAUUUUAAUGUAAAUAUAAAUAUAACGUGGCGUACACAGCAAAUACAGUAGCCUUCUACAUAAUGGAUACGGAGCAAAAUUAUUUGGGCGUUAUGCAGUAGUUUUAAAAAAACCUACAAAACGGUUUCACCAGUUUGCACGCAAAAUGAAAAAUGAUCAAUAAUGAUUCUCGACACAGAAAUCCAAAGUUGUACUUAUUUCCAAAUGUAUGUCUGUGCGCUUGCGGGCGGGCUCGUACUUGUGUUAAAAACUGAACGCAGUGAGAUGACGUGGCGUCCCUGUCUAUAUUUAGAUUAAAUUAACUCCAAAGGAAAAAAGGGGAAAGAAAAAAAUCGUAGUUAUUUAUAACCAAGAAAGAAAAAAAUUGCAAUACCACAACCAACCGCCAGGUGUAAUGCAUUUAAUAUUUAUGCACUUCUGAAAGGCACAAAUUGUCUGCAAAUGGUCGUAUUCGAGUUAAAACAAGAAAAAUUAUUUAACUUGAACUGUCGUAAUACUUUCAUAAUUAUUUGGCAAAACAAUCCGUGCCCUGAAGUCUUUCUGGGGGGGGGGGACCGCGUCUCCUUUUCACGUCCAAACUCUUUCGCCCUCUCCCUAGUACUUAAAGCAACACUUUAAUUUUUGUGCAAUUACAGCAUUGCAACCGAAACCAUAAUAAUGUUAUAAUGGGAAAGGGAGAGAGAACUGCAAUAAACCCUCUUUGAAAGAUUAACGAUCCAGUAGUUCUGAACUGUAAUUAGCAAUGACACUAUAAAGAGAGAGAACAGGAGAAUAGGGUGGAGGAAACUGGCAAGGGAAAAUUAUUAAGAGUUGUAUGAAAGUAUGGGAUUUAAAAGGCUAGAAUGAACAUGUUACAGAGAGAGACGGUAUGAACAAAAUUAACAAAACAAAAUAAAGGCAGGUAAACAAUUACUCAGUCAAGGUCAUAUACUCUGGGACUUAAAGUGUUUAUGUUUUUUAACGAUGCAUGUCAGUCAUGUUGCACAAUAAUUAAUAUUUAGUAUACUGACCUAUGUACUGACUAUGUAUCUGCAUAUGUGUGUUCACACAUGCACGCACGCAUACACACACACACACACACACACUCCCUUUCAUCUUAUGGAAUGUGUACUGACCAUGUGCUAGAUGUUUAAAUACAUUUUCUAAAGUGGAAGGGGUGGAGAAAUCCAUUUUUGUGCGAGACAUACUGAAAAGUCUUCAGGAGCGUAUUAGUGUUGUGAUAUAUAAAUCUAUCUUUUUCCAGGUGAUAGACUGACUGACUGACUGACUGACUGACUGACUGACAGAUAGAUAGAUAUAUAGAUAGAUAGAUAGAUAGAUAGAUAGAUAUAUAGAUAUUUUACCAUCUAAAUAAUCAGACUAUUUAUAAUAUGAGCAAUGAGAGAGAGGGGGGACGGAGCGAAGAUUAUCUGUGUUAUUUGAAUAUUUGAAAGAUGGAUACACCCACACACUCGACACAGUAACUCUCUCUCUCUCUCUCUCUCUCUCUCUCUCUCUCUCCCUCGCUACCACUUUUCAAGCUACUGCAAACCGUGUGCUCACGCGGAUCUGGAACUCUUUCCCCUUGAAAUCUGAACGAUGACAAAAUUAAAAUAUUACUGAUUUCUGCUUGGACGCGGCUUCACUGUGGCGAAAAGGCCUGAUGAGAAAGAGAGGAUUUUUUUCAUAUUUUAAUUCAUCUACCUACGGGGAUUGUAUUCAACCUCAAUUGAAUAAAAAUCGUCCGCUUUUUGUUCCUUUCUUCCUGAAAAUCUCAGAAGCAUUUUCCCCCGCGGUAAAGUCCUUUCUCUGCACAGUUGAGUAUUUCUUUUGUUUUAAGUUUCUGUGUGUAGCCUAUACUGUCAUAUACCGCUACCACCAGCUUCUUUAACUGCUAAUAAUAAUAUCGUAAAACCUAAAGUUACUUUUUAAAUGCUUCACAGGCACAUAUUAUGUAACUUCAUUGUAUAGUUCGGCGUCUAAUUGAAGGAAAACGGAGCGUAACUUCCGUCAUUGAAAUGUUUCUCGCUAAACGCUACAUCAAAUAGAAUUUAUGGAAAAAAUAAUUAUGCAUUCUGUAGCGACGAUUGGGCCCUUUGUUAUAAAUCUCCUGUAUAUGCAACAGUAAAAAAAAAAUUAGAUAAAAACAUCUAUGCAAUUUAAUCAUUUUCCUUUGUUUUAACGUGUGCGCGGAAUGGUGUUGGCAAGCUGGUACCUCAAACCCGUUGUUCUUACAGUAACGGUAUGUAUGUAACAGGGUAGAUUUAUGUCACAUAGGAGCUUUACUUUCCGAGUUAAUGAUCAUUCUGAGUGUUAUACAAACCGACUUUAAUCUUAAUAAUGAUACAACAUAAAAAAAUUGACAAACUAUAUUUAAAACACAUGAACUUUUUGCAAGUGCAUCAUAACUAAUAUAUGCUGUGUGGACUUAAAAAAAAACCAGAACACAACAUAAGUCUUAAACACGUUUAAAAUAAGUGCAUAAAAGUAGGUUUUCAAUGUAGUAGCCUAAUUCCCCGAUCUUGCGGAGCCUAUUGGUAGUUAAGUGACUCAAAACAUAGCUGCAGGUCAGUGGCUCUUCAUAGUACUCCACAAUUACAACAAAACUUCUCAGAUUUAGUAGGCUGAAUAAGCCCUAAAUACCUCUGGGGAAACUGAGUGAGGAGGCUGGGUAGUACGUCGGGUCGAGCCAGACAAUAGUGUUUUUAUUGUAUUUUUCCCACUUCUUAUGAUUUUGUCUUACUACUUAGUCACACAGCCAAUCAAACUGUAAUUACAAAAUUUAAUAAGUAAAAGGAAAAUGGUCGCGUCAAAACCUCAGAGAAUGUGGUUCACGCACCUGGCCGUGCUCCUGCUCGAGCUGCUUGGCACCGUACAAGGUUUUUCCACGUGCCAGUCUUUCGACUUGGACGAUUACAAGUCUAAGCGAAUUGAGGCUGUGAGGGGACAGAUUCUCAGUAAGCUGCGCAUUCGGGGGGUACCCGAACCCGACAAGAGCCCGCCACCCGAAGAUGUGCCCCUGGAGGUAAUGCUGCUCUAUAACAGCACCCGGGAGUUAUUGAAGGAGCGCGCGCAGCAGGCCGAAUCAGCCUGCGAACGUGAAAGCAGCGAGGAGGAUUACUAUGCUAAGGAAGUACAGCGUGUGGACUUGCAGCCACCUAGGAUUGAUACGAAUGUGAUCAACAGUGGCCCCCCUAGCCCAUAUUUUCGGAUAUUGAGGUUUGAUGUCACUCAGGUGGAGAGGAACUCUAGUACGCUUGUCAAGGCAGAGUUCAGGAUCUACCGUGUACCAAACCCUGGUGCCAAUGCUUUAGAACAAAGGAUAGAGAUAUACCAGCUUUUGAAGUCCCGUGACGCAGCGGCCCCUUCACAACGCUACAUUGACUCCCGCACCGUACGUCCACGUGCCAAGGGGUCAUGGCUGUCCGUCGAUAUCACUGACACUGUCAAGGAAUGGCUGACUCACAGAGAUAGGAACCUGGGGCUGAAGCUAAGUGUCCACUGUCCGUGCUGCACCUUUGUCCCUUCCACCAACAACAUUGUGCCCAACAAGAGCGAGGAACUGGAUGCCCGCUUUGCAGGUAUUGACGAUGAUUUAAUCAAGCAGUUAAAGAAACCAGGGGCUGUCAAAGGUCAGAUAGAGUUCAGCACCAAGACACCGCACCUUAUUCUCACUCUGCUGCCAAGUGACAGGCUGGAGAACCCUGGCAAGAAGAACCGCAAGAAGAGAGCAGCAGCUGACAACCCCACUUGCUCCCGAAAUGCUGAUCAGAGUUGCUGUCUCCGAUCCUUGUACAUUGACUUCCGACGUGACCUGAACUGGAAGUGGAUUCAUGAGCCCAAGGGCUACAAGGCUAAUUUCUGUGCUGGAACCUGCCCCUACUUGUGGAGUGCAGACAAUCAUUACAACAUGAUCUUGCCCCUUUACAACAAACUGAACCCCGAGGCGUCCGCCUCCCCGUGCUGCGUUCCCCAGGAGCUGGAGCCCCUCACCAUCGUCUACUUCAUGGGUCGCACUCCCCGCGUCGAGCAGCUCUCCAACAUGGUGGUCAAGUCCUGCAAGUGCCGCUGACGUAGGGCACGGCGGGCCCCGGGAGGAAGUGGGGGAGGGGGGGGCGUGUGCGGUGGCGGGUGGCAGGUGAAGGGAAGAUGGUGAGGCUGAGGUGGGGGCGGUACUGAGUGAGGUGAACGUCAGGGACAGGACGGGGAGGCGGUGUUCCAGCAUGCUGCGGUGCUAAGCUGACGUUGCGGCGGAAGCUAGAGUAGCACCGCCGCAACGUGAAUCAAAAGGUUCUGCUGACAGAUGGAAUGGGGAAGAGAGGGAAUGUGGAGGUUCGGCUGGGAGGCAUUCAUUUGAGGAUUUCUCUGUCUCGCACCUUCUUUUUUUUUUCUGUUCCUCACGUACGUUGACAACUUAAGAUAUUUACAAGAAGUUUAACUGGCUACAGUGCUCAAGGAAGUGCAAACAGUCCUCUUAUUUCAAAAUGUUUAGCUUUAACAGAAAAAGCAAUAUCUGGUCAAUUUGGGGUCAGUAUUCCUACAAUAAUCCUGUAGUACUGUAGCAUAAUCCAGCUUUGGUUCCUGUAUGAUGUGGUCAUGGUUAUGACAAGUAAGAAUUUCCGUACUGUUAUCAAAAUUACACAGUAAAAAUAUUGUUUUCUUCUGCAAUUAGUAUUUCCUGCUUAAUCAGUCACAUCAGGGUAUGGAGCAUUCCUGGAAUUCCUUUUGGCUAAAGCUAAGAACCGAAGCACCAGGUUUUUAAAAAAGUAAAUAAACCAUUCCCAGAACUAUUCACCUUGCUUCUCCAAACAAAAUUCAACCAAAUUACGUUGUUUAGUCCGUGCUCUGAAAAAAGAAAAUCAGUACUAAACAAAGAACAGUGCAGAGUACACAACACCAAUAACUUGCCAUGUAAAUAAACUGCUUACAGCUGCAUUGUAGAAAGUUCAUUCUUUAAAGGCAUUUACAGCUCUAUGAAAUGGUGAAGGGUGAAUUUUCCUGCCAGACAGAAGGGGACAGUGUGUUCGUCUUCCUGAAUACUGUAUACACUUUCAGAAACUGUAAAUAGUGUAGCCAGUCAAAAUAAAGUGGUAUUUAUGUUCAA